GUCACACCACGCUACGCCGACCCGUCGCUAUCAUUAGGACUGGUGACAAUGGCCGAAUCGCCGUUUAGAAUUAUUAUCGUCGGCGGCUCUAUAACGGGACUGACGCUGGCGCAUUGCCUUGAUCGAGCAGGGAUAGAUUAUCUUGUGCUGGAAAAACAUCAGGAGAUCCACCCGCAGAUUGGCGCAUCAGUAGUCAUCUUCCCCAACGGUGGCCGAAUCUUAGAGCAGUUGGGUCUGUACCAGAGGAUAGCAGGAUUGGCUCAGAGGCUCCGACGGGUUCAUACAUGCUUCCCUGACGGGUUUCACUAUGACAGCAAUAUCCCUGAGCUGAUGAAGAAGUUGUUUGGCAUGGACUUUGCUAUCUUAGAGCGAAGACAGCUACUUGAGAUCUUGUACACGGGUCUCCCGGACAAGUCCAAAGUACACACCGGUCAGCAAGUGACCAGUGUUGUCCCGACUAAAUCUGGCGUCUCGGUGACAACAGCCGACGGGGCCAGGUACGAUGGUGAUCUCGUUGUUGGAGCGGAUGGAGUCCAUAGUUUCGUCCGGUCGGAGAUGUGGCGCAUCGCUGAUCUCGAACAGCCAGGCCUUAUAUCAAAAAAAGAAAAGUCGGACAUGACGGUGGAAUUUGCCUGUGUUUUCGGUAUCUCGAAUCCAGUGGAAGGGGUCAAGUCUUGGGAUCAUGUCAUUCGAUACAACCCCGGAGUGACACUCUUUGUCUUUCCUGGAACAGAUAAUGGCAUCUUCUGGCUCUUGUUCCAAAAGCUUGAUAAACGGUAUACCUACCCCAACACGCCUCGGUUCACGAACGAGGAUGCGAUUUCCACAUGUGAAUCGUUGGCCGGCCUUGCUGUGUGGGAGAGCGUCCAAUUCGGUGAUAUUUGGAGACAACGGCGAACCUUCCACAUGACAGCGUUGGAGGAAGGCUUGCUAAGAACAUGGCACUAUGGCCGCAUAGUCUGUAUUGGAGAUAGUGUUAGCAAGAUGACCCCAAAUCAAGGACAAGGAGCGAAUACGGCCAUUGAGGCUGCAGCUGGUUUGGCAAAUGCGUUGUUUUCGUUAAGGCAAAAGGCCGAGGGAAACAGUUCAUCAGAGGAAGAAAUUCAACGUAUGCUUGAUCAGUUCAACACGACACAUUUCCAGCGUCUGCUAGCGAUCCAUCAGAGCUCAGAGUUCCUUACUCGGCUCCAGGCAUGUGAUGGCCUGGCCAAAUCCUUAUUUGCGCGUUAUGUAGCGCCAUAUUGUGGAGGCAUUAUUGAGGGAAUUUCUGGACUGGCGACAACUAGUCCAGUCCUGGACUUUGUCCCACUGACAGAACGCUCUGGAAGGGAUUGGUCGCCGUUAUCCUCUUGGGCACCAUGGAUAUCCAAGAUGGCCAAGCUUUGCGUGGACAUUGUACAGAAUAGCUAUUACUAG